UGGGUGGGGGUGACAAAGCUAACCUCACUCAGGAUCUGCCUGCCCCAGCCUCCCAAGUUGCUGGAUGACAGGUGUGUGCUACCACAUCUGGCCAGAUUCCAGCCUUUCAUUUGCCCUAAAAUGUAACCUUGGUUGCAUCCCUCAUCCAUCCAUUUGAAUGGAAGAGGGAUUUGUGAAUUAUUUCCAUAAAAAUAAGUCUCGGAAUUCUAGUCAGCAAGAAAGCUUGAAGUUCAUAAAAGAUAAGAUAUUUACGGUGAUCUUAGGUGGUUAAUUGCGUGCAGUUUGAAGGUGCUGGUAAAUUCAGUGGUUGGGCUGAGGGUGUAACUCAGCUGCACAGCACCUUGUUUGGCAAUUGCAAGGUCAAUCCCCCCACCCCAAAAAAUCUGAUGGUAACUCAAGUGUCACCUGAAGAUAGGUAACAGCUGGAGAACUCAUUGUCUAACGUGUGUGGUCAUGGUCUGAAAAAGUCCAGAAAGUUUCACGGGUAUUUUAGUUUGCCUUGCUGGUGGGUGUUUUAACAAAGCUUGGAGGAACUGUUUAUGAAGUGUUGCCUAAACUAUCUUAGGGCUUUUGGCCCCCUUCUUGUGGAUCUCCCACCCUAGAAUUGCCUCAUGCUUUUGCUGUGAACCCUUGGCUGCUCAGUCAAAUGAAAGUUGACAGCCUUCGCUUCUCCAGGGCCAGGUUUGAGUUCCUCAGUAAGGACUUGACAGUGGCAGUCCAUAAACACGGCCACCUCCUGUCUAGGACAGGGAAGCCAGUAUGGGGGGGGCAUAUUUAUCUGCCUAACUAGAGUUAAGGUCCCGGAGUUUUGUCCUAGAAGCUGGUUUUGCUGCCUGCUUUCACGUCUUCUGCAGGCUUUGUGAAUCAAAAAAAAAAAAAAAAACUCGCUCUCAUUAGAAGUGAGAUGGACUAGUAUUGCUCGAAACUCCCGGGGUGUACUAGUUUUCUCUAAGACGGCUAUCAGGUCCCUUAGAAGCUUUAGGAGACAUCACUCCAGUGUCCAGGUGUUUUGUACCCUGGAAAGAGCCCUCCGUAAACCAGCUGCGCCGUUACCCAGCGAUACCACGUGCUGAGGGAAGCCCUUCCGCCUUCCAACAUGGCCGCCAGUCCCGCUUCCGCGCAUGUCUGCGAGGCAAUGGUGAUUGCGUCAUCACGGCGCGCGCACCGGCUUCACAGGGCUGCGGCGAGCUAAGAAACCAUGCUGAGCCGGCUCCAGGAGCUACGCAAGGAGGAGGAGACCCUGCUACGGCUGAAAGCGGCUUUGCACGACCAGCUGAACCGCCUCAAGGUUGAAGAAUUAGCCCUCCGAUCCAUGAUCAGUUCUACAGAUGAAGAUGGGAAGGUCUCUUCUAAUGCUGCAGCUCAACAGUCACAGGAUAUGUUGGUGCACGUAGACAAUGAGGCAUCGAUCAACCAGACUGCGCUGGAGCUGAGCAUGCACAGCCAUAUGAUGGAGGAAGAGGAAGAAGAAGAAGAAAGAAGAAGAAGAAGAAGAAGAAGAAGAAGAAGAAUCAGAUUCCUGAAGGGUCUGGUCUCUGGGUUAGUUACAUAUAUUAAAUCUCUGGGUUGCAGACACUCUGGUCAUAGAGGUCAUCUGCGUGGGCCCUUGGCCUACUUGAAAGAAAAAGAACUGUAGGAGGACGUGUAGUGCGCAGGUGGCCACAGAACCCAUGAUAACUGGGGCUUCAGACUGGUGUGUGAAAAUUAGUGACAGCAAAUCUGGGCUGGGCAUGUAGCUCAGUGGUAGAGCACUUGCCAUGUGUGUGUGGACGGCGCCUGGGUUCAGUCCCUGGUACUGAGGAGAAAAACUGACAUGGAAAAUGAGAGAUGUGAUGUCUUAACUUAGAGCCAUUUGGAUGGUACAGUGUCUGUAAUCUGGUCAGACUUAGUGUCCCGUGUUAAAAACAAAUCUCUUCUGAAAUACUAUUAAAAAGGCUGCCAUUUGCAAAAAGGGCAGAGUUCAAAUACAAGCUGGCCUUUCCAGGAACAAUACCUCUAUUAAGAAAACCAGUUGAAGGGCCGGAGAUUUAGUUCAGUGGUUCAGUGGCCUGCCUUGCAAGCACAAGGACCCGAGUUCAAUCCCCGGUACCAAAAAAGGAAAAAAGAAAACCAGUUGAGGGCUGUCUGCUGUUGUCAUGCCUGUGAGCAGCUUUAGCUUUGGGUGAGACAAGAGGGAGGGCAGAGUGCACAGGCUGCUGCCACCUCAGGCAUGGGAACACUGUCCUCCUCGUACACACAUACGCUGCUUGAGUGCUGCGUGACCCCUGGGUGGGGAAAAGGUGCUCAGAGGUAAAUUAGAGUCCAGCAGCAGUCUUAGAACUCACUGGUGUCCAGACAGAGAAAAAAAGCAGCAGUUCCUGAGAAGAGCAGGAAGCUGCAGACCUGCUUCUGACCCUUACAAAAGAAAUGGGCCAUUAAAGAAAAAAUGCCUAUGGGUGGGAAAUUUGAAAUUUUAUAAUAAAAAGAUGACAGCUACAGAGGAAGAGUUGUUGAGACUUGUAUUUAAAGUUGAGAUUUAGCCAGGCAUGGUGGUGCAUGCUUGUAAUCCCAGUACUUAGGAGGCUGAGGCAGGAGGAUUGC